AUGGAGGAUAUCAGACAUGAGGAACCGAUAUUUGACCUCGCUUCUGAAUGUGAGAAGUUGUUUGCUUCGCAGAUUUCAGCAUUAAAUGGCCGUAACGAGGCAAACGGCGCAAAAUGCCUGGGGGAGCUGAAUCACCGGUUUGCCGCUUGGGCGGGCUUCUUAGGAGUCUUCGCUGAAUCGAGUGUGUGUUUGGACCGCAGACUCAGGCACCAUGCUGAGAUCCAAGACCAAGUGCUCCGGCUUCUGGAUAUCAUGCGCAGGAAUUUAACAUACGUACUUGAACGGGAUGGUGACUCCCCUGAUCGCAUGCAAAUUCAAUUAUCUGACCGCAACAGAAGAAAUGGGGAAAAUAUGAAAAAUUUGAACGAAUUUCAAUUUGCCCAGCCGCUUCGCGUGAAUAUCUCUAGCUUGGAGGCAAUUUCGGGCGCUGUAGAACGCCUCAACCAUCUUGGAAUUGCAAUACGACAGUCCUCAGUGACAAGCCAAAUGACAAAGGCCAGAAAAUUUGCGGAGACAUUCAACUUCACUUCUUUCGAAGAAGUAGCGUAUCUAUCUCUCAGAACACUCUAUAGCAACGCAAGUGAAAGCCUUCUUGAACAACUUACCCGGUCCAUGAUGGAGACGUAUGCUUUGUUUCUUCAUCGCAAAUCUCGCCAAACGCGGCUUCAAGCUCCUCGAUCACUCCCGCUUACGCCAAUACCGCUAUCCGCUAUCACCGAGGAGCCGAUUGCUGAUAUGGAUGGGGGAGAUCCCAUGGAGAUUGACGGACAAGUACACCUACCUCAGCCAAGCAAGGACUUGACUUCUAUUAGGAUAUUUCGAUCGCGCCCAGCCCAACCGGUUCGCACGAUAGCUCAGUCUGAACCGACCUCCGUAGACAGUCACGAAUUCAGAGCAAGGAUCAGGAAAAAGCUGAAUCCUUCGAUUAAAAGCAAGACAAUGUCCAUCCUGGCCAACCAUGCAGAUUACCCCCAGCCGGCCAAAGGAAGCUUGACUUGUGAAUGGUGCUUUAGUCCUAUCGUAGCUAGUUUAUUGGAGGGACCAAAUUGGCGGCAACAUGUGAAUGAAGACCAUGAACCUUAUGUGUGCAUCUCUGAGAAAUGCUCCGAGGCGCUACCCAGAUUUGCGACUUCGACCCAGUGGUUCCAGCACAUGCUCACAAUUCAUGACAGGAACUGGCACCGGGAAGUGCAUGCACCGUCCUCGUGGUCUUGUCCUUUGUGUGUCGAUGAAGAUGCUACUUUUCCUAAGUCGGACGAUUUAACUGCCCAUCUUAUUGAUUUUCAUGAAGGAACCUUUACCAGGCCACAGAUCGAUGCCAUCGUGCACCAAAGCCGGUUUCGUACCUCUCGCCCUCAGGAUACGUGCCCUCUCUGCUGUUUGCCCAUGAAGACCCAGCUGGACCUUUCAUCUAAGGAAAAAGGAGAUGAUAAUGGAGAUCCGUGUCCUAAGGAAACGACCCAUGAGGAAAACGUUGGACAUAAACGAAUCAAAACAGAGACCGGCCGGGCUCAGCCCGACCAUAACGAAGGAGAUACCCUUGAAUUGAAAGCAAAACUGAAACCAAAUACCCUGGUCGACCGGUCUAUUAGCAAAUCCCUUUCUGUCGAAGUGGUUGGGAGCCAUAUAGCAGCACAUCUCCAAGGCAUAAUGCUUCUCACAUUGCGCUUGAUAUCAAUAGAUAUUGGGAUUGACGUUUCAGCAGAUAAUCAAAGUACAUCUGGCGGUACUGACCAUAAUUCAUCCUGGGUUAGCUCAAGCAAGGGAGACCCGGGUCAGGAUAUGGGCAAGAUAGAACACUUCCCGCAACCAAUAAAUGAUGAUAAUGACCCAGGCGAUGACAUUCCUUUCGAAGAUGUGGUCCCAGACUCAGAAUAUACCAAUUGGCACAACGUUCCCCGCGCUCAUGAUGAUCUGUUGGAAGAAAAUAUUCUAGAGAAUGAGCUGAUUCGCUUAGGAAUCGUUCAGCCACGCCCAUAUGGGUCAAAGCAUUCCUUACCAUCGCGAGCCGUUCAGAGUGAGGAUAAAUUGAAAAUAUUACAGAAAAAUAGGUCUCGUCUCGGGGUCAUUCAAAAAAUCGUGGAUGCUGAGGUCCGUUUUACAAGGGAAAUGACAAUCGUUAAUGAAAUUUACAAGGCUUCGUCUAGUGCCUGUUUGGAGCUUUCCGCAGAUGACGUGAAAGUCCUAUUUGGGAACUCGGAGGAAGUGUUAAGCUUUUCUUCGGGCUUCCAAACGGCACUUAAGAAAGCUGCUGAGAGUGCGUUCACGCCACGAGAAUCACGUAAUAUAGAGACCACCAAACUACACGGUGACGAUGAGGCUUCAGAGAAAUCACAUACAACAGAAUUGGAUUUUUCUACGUUUAUCGGUAGAGCUUUCAUGGAACAUCUUCCUCACAUGGAAAAGGUCUAUUGGCGAUAUCUGAAGAACAACGAUGCAGCCAAUAAUAGACUCAGGACUUUGCAGAGCAAUAGCAAGGUUUCGAACUGGCUUACUGAAUGUUAUGAAGGUUCGUUUGACAUGACAACGGCAGGUCUUGACUCACUACUCAUCAGACCUGCGCAACAUCUCUUACAGUAUUCAAUAUUAUUGGACGAGCUUCUUCAGUGGACGCCGAGUGAUCACCCGGAUUGGACCUGUCUUACUGAGGCGGUUUUCAAGCUCAAAAGUCUUCCUGCUCAUAUCGAUGCUGUAAAGAAGCGAGAUGACAUUGUAAACCAGACUGUUAACCAAAAGCGCAAAACACUGGAUGUGAAAGCGGGAUUGAACAGGGCAUUUGGACGACGCACAGCUACACUUGCAGAUAUAUCCGAUCCAGAGAAAGAGUUUAGAGAUAAGGAUUGUGAUGUUUUGACUCAAAAAUUGGGCGAGAGCUUCUUCCAGAUGCAGCUUGUGAUGAUGGACGUAAAGAAGUAUACGGCUGAAGUUCAGAGCUCGACUGACCGUCUCAAGCAGAUUGUUAGUGCAAUUGCGGAAUUCGUCUCCGUGAUGCCAACGAAUUAUCCAGGCCUGGUGAGCAAAUGGGUGCGCUGGAGAUCUUGUAUGCAAGGUAUCAUAUCAGGAGCUCUGGUCGAUCAUAUCACUUUAGUUCGAACGACAAUUAUUGAACCGUUAGAUGCAGCUCUUAAGCUUCAUAGUAAACCCCAGGCGGUCAGCCAGGAGCGCACCAUGCGGUUUCCACAAUACGUCCGCUUCAAGGUUGCUAAAGGACGAAAUAUCAAACUAGAUAAAAAGACCACAGAGAAAGCCCAGCAGUUUAUCGCAUUGAAUGAGACUCUUAAAGAUGAACUCCCGAAAUUCUUUACUCUCUGCGCUCGAUUGGUGGAGACGUGCUUAAAGAAUCUUGUUCACAUCCAAAAUGGCUGGUUCCGGCAGCUGGAGACUGAACUUGGCACUGUUAUCGAUUCACCCCCAGUCGAUAUCCCAGCGAUCAUCCAUGAAUGGUCAGCCGACUUUAGCUUUGCGGAAGCUCAAGUUCUUUCGCUUGGGAUGUGCAACGGUUCCAUUUUGGCUGAACAGCCCAAUUCACUUAACCCCCUUAGCAGAAUCAACACGGGCUCAACGGAAGCAAUAAGCAGCCCGUCCCGGCGACCUUCUACCGCCAACAGCCGCAGCGUGCGUGAUCCAGUUUCUCGAUCUCGACCAUCUUACCGAAUACCAGAUCUCCUCUUUGGCGAAGUAGGGGGCCCGUCAUCAUUUGACCCUGCUGCAUCUUCGCGGAUGAGCACGGACACCACAUCCAGCCUGCCAAAGUUGACUCUCGAUACUCCAUUCUCAGUCGAAUUCCCUGACUCCUCAAUCAAGCCAAGAGAUAGUUUGCCCAAGCAACGGUCUGGUCAAUAUUUUGAGUCAUCUUCGCGAUCGCUAGCGGGAGGCAAACUGCAGACAGACAAGGGAUUGUCGGAAAGCAACAGGGAGCGGUCUCCGGCAGAACCUGAGGACGGGUUCGAGGUCCUAUUUAUCGUUGCCAGUAUCUUUGAAUUCCAUAAUUCUCGUGCGUCACAGGUUGUCUCUGGAUACCAGUAUCUGCAGUAUGACGCAGGCGAGGUUUUUGACGUAUUUGCCGAAAAAGGGGAGUUAUGGCUUGCCAGGAACCAGGAUGAUCCCGAUCGUAUGAUUGGUUGGAUAUGGACCAAGCAUUUUGCUAAACUCUCACAAUGCUGA